AUGCUUGUAGCCCCCUUCGUCUUUACUAUACUAGUCACAUUAAUAAGUGGAAUAUUUUCUAAGAGUGUAGAAUUAACAUUUGAACUACCCGAUAGUGCAGUAGAAUGUUUUUACCAAGAAAUAGAAAAGAAUACAUCGGCUUCACUAGAAUAUCAGGUUAUUACUGGUGGCCAGUAUGAUGUUGAUGUCAAAAUAGAGGGGCCAAAAAAACAGAUAAUUUACCAGCAACAAAAAAUGCAAUAUGAUUCACACCAAUUCACAGCUCUUAAUACAGGUGUUUACAAAGUUUGCUUCAGUAAUGAAUUCAGUACUUUCUCUCAUAAGCUUGUAUAUAUGGAACUGAAUGUUGGACCUGAACAGCCUCUACCAGGAGUAGGAGACCAUGCUACAGUACUUACACAGUUGGAAACAUCUGCAGAGGAAAUUCAUUCUGCUCUUAAUAGAAUUAUUGAUCAUCAAACCCACCACAGACUAAGAGAAGCUCAAAGUCGCAAGAGGGCUGAAGAUCUCAAUGAGAGAGUAUUCUGGUGGUCAAUGGGAGAGACUCUGGCUAUUGUAUGUGUUUCCUUUGCACAAGUAAUGAUUCUUAAGAACUUCUUUAAUGACCGACCAACUUUAUAUAAUAGAAUGUAA